AUACUGCCCCCUAUCCCAAUGAAGUUAAACAUAAUUCUUGUGACUGUUUUGCGUGUUUUGCACUUUUGCCUAAAUAAAGUGCGCGCCUGUUCACAAAUCUCUGCUCUCCUGCACCUGACUUCACUACCAGUACGCACACAUCUGACAGUUUGGUCCAGGUGCCUCCCCAAAAGGCUGUUGGCGGUCGUUUUAUAAACUGCCUAUUUAUAAGAGGACAGCUGACCUCCAAUGGAGGAUAAUACAUGGAGCUAUAACCACCAAUAUGCAUCUGGUACACCUGGAGCCUACUGUUGGGGAGGGGUGUCCACCUGUGAGUCCCAGGUUGGUCAGGAUGAUUGACCUGAUCACUAGCUGGUUCUCAGCUAUGGGAGAGGUUCUCUCUUCCCAACAGUUUAUAUUUGGGCCAAAGUACAGGUUUAGUCGAAGGGGUUUAGUUCUCUUACUUAACUUUGUAAAUUAGCAAUUUGGAAGACACGAAAGAACAGUAUUCGGGGACAGGGGUCUGGGGACGUGGUGGGCAUGUUGGAGGGGAUGUUGGCAGCGCGACUGAGGGUUGAGUUUUCCUAUUACAAACUGGUUAAUAACAUUGGGCUGUUUAUGAGCAUAUGGGGUAUUCAGAGGUUGUUUUGUUUAGUUACUGUGGAGGAAGAUUUGGUGUUGUUUUUAAUUUAUGUUUAACCAUGUUUUUGUUGAUUUGAGUGUUUAUUGUGUUGGUUCCCAGACAGUACAAUGCAAUGAGGAUAAAUAAUAUUAUAAAAAAUAAAAAGAGAGAAUGGCUAAUAAAUAAACAACUAAAUGUACAUGGAUGAUGGUUACGCUGUUACUUGUAAGUUAUAUACAAUGUAAAUACUUCAAGGAAUUAUUGGUCAUGAGUGGUUUCUCUUUCCUCUCUCCCUUUUCCUCUUGAUCUUUCUCCUCACUCUCUCUUUCUCAUCUGCCUCUCUCCCUCUGUGUUAUCCCCUGGCUCCCCUCCCCUCCGCACCACCAAAACCCGAUAUGUUCAGUGAGAGACAGAUUCGCUCCUGCAUCGGCAUAAUUCACUGUGGAGAGGCCAGCCCUUAGUCCGUCCUGAGGAGGCUUCUUCCGCAACUGCUUUAUUGGAUUGUGUCCCACUGUGGAUCAGACAAGUGUUCUGUGGGGCGCUGGAGAACACUGCCUCUAGCCACGGGAUGUGUGUUCCCUCAGCCCAAAGAAAGACAGGUAGCAGCAGCCAGAGUCACCCCACAGCGAGAAACUAGCUUCAUUGAGAAAAUGAAGAAAACGGUGUUUGGCUUGGGGAAUAAAACAUAUGAGCACUUCAAUGCAAUGGGAAAGUAUACUGACAAGAAACUGGAAGAGCUGGGUGGCAGGAAGAUCUAUGACCUGGGAAUGGGAGACGAUGAUGGCACCCUUGAGGAAGACUUUAUAUCAUGGAAGGAGCAGUUCUGGCCUGCUGUGUGUGAACACUUUGGGGUGGAGGCCACAGGAGAUAACACCAGUUAAUAGCUAUACGAGUUGGUGUUUCCAACUGACAUCAACAUGAAUAAGGUGUAUACUGGGGAGAUGGGUCGCCUGAGCUUUGAGACCCAGAAACCGCCUUUUGAUGCUAAGAACCCCUCCUUGGCCACGGUAGUGGUUAACCGCCAGCUGAACCAAGCCGGCGACCGACAUCUGACGCAUCUAGAGCUGGACAUCUCAGGCUCCCAAAUCAGAUAUGACUCUGGAGACCACGUUGCUGUUUACCCCAUUAAUGACGUGUCAAUAGUGAACAGAAUAGGCCAGAUCCUGGAUGCCGACCUGGACACUGUUAUCUCUCUCAACAACCUUGAAAAGGAGUCCAAUAAGAAGCACCCGUUCCCGUGUCCGACAACGUACCGCACGGCUCUGACCCACUAUUUGGACAUCACCAACCCCCCUCGCACCAACGUCCUGUUUGAGCUGGCCCAGUACUCCACCGACCCCAAGGACCAGGACAUCCUGCGCAAGAUGGCCUCCGCCUCCCCCGAGGGCAAGGGUCUGUACCAGCGCUGGGUGCUGAACAUCCUGGCUGUGUUGGAGGACAUGCCGUCCCUCCACCCUACCAUAGACCACCUGUGUGAGCUGCUGCCCCGCCUACAGGCUCGCUACUACUCCAUCGCCUCCUCUGGCGAGUUGAGACCCACUAUGGUGAGCAUCUGUGCGGUGGUGGUGGAGUUCCAGACCAGUACAGGGCGGAGCUUCAAGGGAGUGGCCACCAACUGGCUGAAGAACAAGUUGGUGGUGACGGACAACGUCCGCAAGUCCCAGUUCCGGCUGCCCUUCAAGGCCAGCAACCCGGUGGUGAUGAUUGGGCCCGGCACAGGCAUCGCCCCCUUCAUGGGCUUCCUCCAGGAGAGAGGCUGGAUGAAGGAGCAAGGGAAGGAUGUCGGCGAGACGAUACUGUACUUCGGCUGUCGCCACAGAUAUCAGGACUUCAUGUACCAGCAGGAACUGGAAGAGUUGGGGAAGGUGGGCGUGCUGAUUCAGCUCAACGUGGCCUUCUCCAGAGACCAAGAGGAGAAGAGAUAUGUGAAAAACACCUUGAGGAUUGAUUCUAAACAACUGUGGCGAAAUCUGCACGGAGAUGGCUGCCACUUGUCUUUUCCUAGGGAUGCUCGGAACAUGGCGCGGGACGUGCAGAAUGCCUUCUAUGACAUUGCUGAGGAGGUGGGAGGCCUCACCACACAGGCUGUGGCUUACAUCAAGAAGCUGAUGACAAAGGGCUGCUACUCUCAGGACGUGUGGAGCUAAAGAAGAUGAAGCUAAUGUUACAUCACACACUCACAAAUCCCUAUGUUAACCUAUUUAAUUCUGGUGGAGGGUGAGUGGUAACGGUGAACUGUUUUAGAAGGUCAGCACAUAAUCACUAAAUGGAAAGACGUAUGGAUGAAUGUUUGUUGUACUUAUUGUUUUGGUGUGUAAUCUUACUGACAGCAUUUUGUGGAGGCUCGUGCUGAGAGGUAGUGCAAUUCAUUCAAGAUUUGUUGGGAAUGGUCUCAUACUCCAAAUUGACCCCUAACCCCCAGUCCUUUCAUGUACACUGAACCAAAAUAUAAAUGCAACAUGUAAAGUGUUGGUCCCAUGUUUCAUGAGCUGAAAUAAAAUAUCACAAAUGUUCCAUACACACAAAAAGCUUAUU